AUGGAACCCACCCUCCUCUCCAGCCCUGACUUACAAAACGUGCACUAUCCUUCGAUUCGCGAAGAUGCUUUGGAAGAUGGGGAAAGACAGGAAUCAUCGCAGCAACGCGACGAAAAGAAACCCCCAGCUAUUGAAGAUGCAACCGAAACAAAAAUCACCAACCCGCCUUCCGAUGUGCCAUACAGUGUGCUCCCUCCAGGUGAAAAAGCUUUGGUAAUUAUCACGGGUUCCUUUGCGGCCUUGAUCUCCCCGUUAUCAAGUAGUAUUUACUUGCCGGCCAUGACAUCCUUGGCGCGGGAUAUGGAUGUCUCGGUUUCUCUGAUCAAUCUGACCAUCACUACUUACCUGAUUUUCCAAGGGUUGGCUCCAUCCUUCAUCGGAAGUUUCUCGGACUCUUACGGACGACGACCGGCGUAUUUGAUUGCGUUUGCGAUUUAUCUCGGCGCGAAUAUUGGCCUUGCUCUGCAAGACAGCUAUGCUGCCUUAUUGGUUCUCCGCUGUCUUCAAUCGUCCGGAAGCAGCGGGACCAUCGCACUGGGGAGUGCCGUCGUUGCCGACCUCACAACGCGUUCUGAGCGGGGGAAAUAUAUUGGAUAUGCUGGUAUCGGAAUGGCACUGGGACCCUCGCUCGGGCCUGUUAUUGGCGGACUGCUUGAUCACUUUCUCGGAUGGAGAGCGAUUUUUUGGUUUUUGGUAAUCUUCUCAGGAGCCUGUUUUGUGAUUUUGUUCAUGGUAUAUCCGGAAACUUGUCGAGCUGUUGUCGGUAACGGUUCCGUGAUUCCCAACCGCUGGAAUCAACCUGGGUGGGCUCUCAUCGCCCCGAGAUCUCGGUUCCGACAGGGAGAGACUUCUCCCGAUUACUCCUCAAUCCAACAACAGAAAAUUCGGCCGAAUCCGAUCUCUUCAUUGUUGAUUGCCGUGCAAAAAGAGUCCGGACUGAUCUUGUUGUAUGGUGGUUUCGUGUUUGCGGGCUAUAUGGCAGUCCUUAGCACUCUGACGACCCAGCUAACGAGCCGGUAUGAUUUUAACUCCAUCCAGGUCGGUCUGUGCUAUUUACCAUUGGGGAUUGGAAGCAUAUGUUCGCGAUGGACAGUGGGAACCCUUCUGGAUUGGAACUUCCGGCGUGAGGCACAUCUCCAAGGUAUGCCGAUACAAAAGAACCGCCAACAAGACAUCAAGAACUUCAACAUUGAACGAGCGCGGUUGACUAUCACAUUGCCUUUGAUGUAUUUCGCUGCUCUUUGCAUCCUUGCUUAUGGAUGGACAAUGGAAUAUCGAACUUCAGUCGGCGGACCGAUCGUGACAUUAUUUUUUGUUGGCCUUUCCACUACUGGAGCAUUCAACACUUUAAGCACUCUGAUAGUGGACAUCAACUACCAAAGUGCCGCAACUGCCACAGCAGCAAAUAAUCUGUGCCGCUGUUUGAUGGGCGCUGGUACCACAGCAUUUGUGGGACCCUUGAUCGAUGCGAUUGGAAUUGGAUGGACUGGGACCAUCGUUGCGAUACUUUGGGUCGCCUGCAGUCCCCUUCUAUGGGCCGUUCGAGCUUGGGGACAUGACUGGAGGAAAGAAAAAGCAAACAAGUAA